AUGAUAUUUUUUUAUAAUACAGGUUUAAUAUAUUUCGAUGUGGGUACCAAAUACCCGAAAAUAAUAUUAGAUAACUACGAGUACCUGAUGUACCGUAAGGAAUCUGGAAGGACCCUCUGGAAAUGCCGGUCUUACUACGGUAACAAGGACAUAAAGGACAGAUGCAAGUCCAGUUUGGUAACCUCUGGUAUAAUAUACUUCGACGUGGGUACCAAAUACCCAAAAAUAAUCCUAGACCAAUACGAGUACCGCAUAUAUCGCAAAGAAUCCGGAAGAACUCUUUGGAAGUGUCGCUCGUAUUUCGGUUCCAAAGACGGCAAGGACAGAUGCAAAUCCACUCUGGAAACUUCCGGCAAAAUCGUUAACGUCAACGCUGAUUUUCACAAUCAUGCGCCGCCUCAGAAAAACAAGUUCAAAAGGACGUUGUCUCAAACUGUCACUAUAGUUAGGGCCAUGUCGGCUGAUUGGACACAGAUGAAUCAGGGUGGAUGUGGACUUGGACCUUUUGAAUAA